GCCAGGAAUUCAUAAAAUCGCAGACAUCUGUUCUGAAAACUAAGGUCUCCCCUUACCAAGGUACCCCAGUCUUCACUUUUCCUCUUGCCUCAUUGUUUGGUUUCCAAACCGCGUCCACUUGAAGUUUAAUGCUGCCUCUGUCUGGCCCUCUUGUUUUCCUAUUCACCUUACCACACCAAGGCUUUUUGGGGUAGGGUUGGUGAUAGGGCUGAACCCCAGGGCCUGGAGUGUGGGAAACACUCACCUGACAUUUCAUUACAGGCCCAGCUCCUACCCCAAGACCCCUCAGAUCUCCUGCCUGACUCUUUCCCAACUCAUAUACUUGCUCUAAGGAGGGGGGUUUGGCAAGAGAAAGGGAGACAGACCUUCCCCAGUAUCUGUUCCCCUCAAAAGACCAGGAGAGUCUGGACCUGCAAGAGGGAACACAGACUUGCUCUUCAGCCAGGCCUGGAAAAACAUACGAACUAUUGACCAGGCAAAAGCAAAUAUUAAUUUGAAUGCUCGAUUUGUACCCUAACCUGUGAGAGCGGGAUCAUGGUGUCAGCCCUCUGGCUUCUGUGUCACUGGAAAGGUGGCAUUCUAGAAAAGGUGGCAUUUGUCUGUUUACCCCUGUGCCCUUCUAACACAAGGAAGUCAAAGAAAUGGCAGGUGGGGUCCCUCCUGGUCUGAGGUGAUCAGCACCUAGCUUUCCUCAGGGAUGCCUUCAUUUUGGAUACAUCUGCCGUUUGGUAGUCAGGAUGGGGCAGUACAGCGGACUCUGCCCGCCUGAGGUCACUCAGCCUUCCCUCCACCCCCACCUACGGGUAUUGCACAAGGGACCUGAAGGUGACCACAGGAGCAGGGCACAGAAGCUGCGCCACACUCCUCGCCAUCUGGAAGCCUCCUUCUUCCCAAACUCCACUCUGUCCAGCCCUUGCCUUGGUCUCUCCAGAGUCUCUGUCCACCGUCUUGACCCGCCUUUUUCUCUUUGCCCACUUCCAGCCAAAUUUCUUCGUCCAGUCACAGAACUACCUGUGGAAACUCAUUAGGUAGGAGCCUCAUCAGCUGGGAAGAGCCGGCGCCUGGGGGGGACCUGGCUGGAUAGGUAUGGGGGAUCGAGGCCAGCCCCCUGGCCCCGGGUCCCCCCACGGCAGCCCUCCAACUCUAAUCACCCUCACUCUCCUGCUGCUCCUCAGUGGACAGGCUCACUCCCAGUGCAAGAUCCUGCGCUGCAACGCGGAGUACACCCUGAGUCUGCGCGGAGGGGGCUCCCCGGGCACCCCGCGUGGGGGCGGCCGCGGCGGGCCGGCCCCGGGGGCCUUGUGCCGCGCCCUGCGCUCCUACGCGCUGUGCACUCGGCGCACGGCCCGCACCUGCCGCGGGGACCUCGCCUUCCACUCGGCCGUGCACGGCAUCGAGGACCUGAUGAUCCAGCACAACUGCUCCCGCCAGGGCCCCACGGCGCCGCCCCCGGCUCGGGGCCCCGCCCUCCCCGGAGCCGGCCCGGCGCCCCUCAGCCCCGACCCCUGCGACUACGAGGCUCGGUUCUCCCGGCUGCACGGCCGGGCCCCCGGCUUCCUGCACUGCGCCUCCUUUGGGGACCCCCACGUGCGCAGCUUCCACCACCAUUUCCACACGUGCCGCGUCCAGGGAGCUUGGCCCCUGCUGGAUAACGACUUCCUUUUCGUCCAGGCCACCAGCUCCCCCGUGGCAUCCGGAGCCAACGCCACCACCACCCGGAAGAUCACCAUCAUAUUUAAAAACAUGCAGGAAUGCAUCGACCAGAAAGUCUACCAGGCCGAGGUGGACAACCUUCCCGCGGCCUUUGAAGACGGCUCCGUCAACGGAGGCGACCGGCCUGGUGGCUCGAGUUUGUCCAUCCGGACGGCUAACCCGGGGAGCCACGUGGAGAUCCGAGCUGCCUACAUCGGAACAACCAUCGUCAUCCGGCAGACUGCUGGACAGCUCUCCUUCUCCAUCCGGGUGGCGGAGGACGUGGCGCGGGCCUUCUCCGCCGAGCAGGACCUGCAGCUGUGCGUGGGCGGAUGCCCGCCCAGCCAGAGGCUCUCCCGCUCCGAGCGCAAUCGCCGCGGAGCCAUAGCCGUCGACACAGCCCGGAGGCUGUGCAAGGAAGGGCUUCCGGUCGAAGACGCCUACUUCCAAUCCUGCGUCUUUGAUGUUUCGGUCUCCGGCGACCCCAACUUUACUGUGGCAGCUCAGACAGCUCUGGACGAUGCCCGAGUCUUCUUGCCGGAUUUAGAGAAACUGCAUCUUUUCCCCUCUGAUGCGGCGCCGCCUCUCUCUCCCGCCAGCCGCCUUCUUUCUGGUCUCUUUGUUCUGUGGCUUUGCAUUCAGUAAGCAGGCCAGCCACUCCCGACCAGCUUGGGAACAUUUGAGGAUGGAGGCUGGUGUGAGGAAACACAGAGAUGUGCCGAAGGAAACAGUGGGUACAGGAGACAAUGACCCUUACCCAGAGUCAGAUGAGGCCCCAGUUCAAGGCUGAAAUCACCCUAGAAUAAGGAUUCUAUGGUCGUUCUAUGGUCACCAAAUGCCAGGGUUUUGCAUUCCGGACCCUGGCAUGGGCUCUUCACCAUGAUUUUCCCAGUCCCAUUGGCGACACUCUGAUGAUUCCACUCCGCACACACCUGAUAUCACUCCUACAAGCCUAGAGAUUGUGAGAGUCUGAUGACCAGCAAAACAUUAGAGGGUUGAGAUUUCUUAAGGGCAAGAGCUAAAAAAGGGAAGACAUAAUUAGCUAUUUUAAAAGGUGGAAAGAGAAGAAAACAAGUAGGGAAAGGUUUUUGGUUCAGAAAUGAAGUGGCCAUCGUCUGGCUCUGAGGCAAAGGAAGUCAGCUUUUGGAGCCUGGCACCCACACAGAAACUGCCAUCCCCACCCCUUACUAAUCUGUCAUUAAAGCUACGACUUCUCCAUACCGUC